CCGCCGCCGCCGCCGCCGCCGUUGCGCAGAUCCGGGCCGCGGCUGUGGGGAGGGCGACGGAGCGGGUGACCUUCCGGAGGCGGGAGCGAGCCAGGAGGCCCGGGGACGCCGAGCGCCGCCGCCGCCAUGAACAACUCGGGAGCCGACGAGAUCGGGAAGCUCUUUGUGGGCGGACUUGACUGGAGCACGACCCAAGAGACUCUGCGCAGCUACUUUUCCCAAUAUGGAGAAGUUGUUGACUGUGUUAUCAUGAAAGAUAAAACAACCAACCAGUCUCGUGGUUUUGGAUUUGUCAAAUUUAAAGACCCAAACUGUGUGGGGACGGUGCUGGCCAGCAGACCACACACCCUGGAUGGCCGGAAUAUCGACCCGAAGCCAUGCACUCCUCGGGGAAUGCAGCCAGAGCGAACACGGCCAAAGGAAGGAUGGCAGAAAGGACCCCGGAGCGAUAACAGUAAAUCAAACAAGAUCUUCGUUGGUGGAAUUCCUCACAACUGUGGUGAGACAGAGCUCAGGGAAUACUUCAAGAAAUUUGGAGUGGUCACCGAGGUGGUUAUGAUCUAUGAUGCAGAAAAGCAGAGGCCUCGAGGUUUUGGAUUUAUUACUUUCGAGGACGAACAAUCAGUGGACCAGGCUGUCAACAUGCAUUUUCACGACAUCAUGGGCAAAAAAGUGGAAGUUAAACGGGCCGAGCCUCGGGACAGCAAAAGCCAAGCGCCCGGACAGCCAGGUGCCAGCCAGUGGGGGAGCCGUGUCGUGCCCAAUGCCGCGAACGGCUGGGCAGGCCAGCCCCCGCCCACGUGGCAACAAGGAUACGGCCCACAAGGAAUGUGGGUGCCAGCAGGACAGGCAAUUGGUGGCUACGGACCACCCCCUGCGGGAAGAGGAGCCCCCCCACCGCCCCCGCCGUUCACCUCCUACAUCGUGUCCACCCCUCCUGGCGGCUUCCCCCCUCCUCAGGGCUUCCCACAAGGUUAUGGUGCCCCACCACAGUUCAGUUUUGGCUAUGGGCCUCCACCUCCACCGCCGGAUCAGUUUGCCCCUCCUGGGGUCCCUCCUCCUCCUGCCACUCCUGGGGCAGCUCCACUGGCCUUCCCACCACCUCCAUCUCAGGCCGCCCCAGACAUGAGCAAACCCCCAGCAGCCCAGCCAGACUUCCCCUACAGUCAGUAUGGCCUGGGUACCUAUUCUCGAGACCCGUCGGGCUUCGGGCCCAUUCUUUGUUUACACUCUUAUGGUCAGGCUGAGCAGUGAUGUGGCCUAGGUAGGUGCCGCCUCUUUCUACACGGUCCUCCCACCUGCCUGCACCUGGGAAGCAGACAUGGCUUCCUUUGCCAUCCUGGGCGGGGGUGGAUACUUGGAGGUGCCCUCUGGGACGGUCCCCUUGCCAGUUUGAGGAUCUCAACUGACCACAGCUGGCCCCAGGAGCACCCAGAGCCAGAGGGCCCACCUGUGUCCAUGUGCACCCCUGUUUGGGAACCCAGAGGGCCUGGAUGGGUCUUCAAAGUUUGUGGUGGGGUGGGCAGGCGCAGGGCCCAUCUCUGUCCACUUGAGGAUGGUGUGUAUCCCUUUUCCCAGAAGAACCUCCUACACCCCUGAGGCCAGUAGUGUAGGUGUGUCUGGCUUUUGUUGAGGCUUAAACACUGCCAAGUUAGUCUGUAGCUUGGAGCUCCUGGCCGCCCUGAAGGGAGGACUGUGUGGGCGUGGGAUGUGGGGACAGCCUCACAGGUGUGGUGAGGGUUACCAUGAGGGAGGUGAGGGCUAUGCUCUGCACCAUAGGCCUAUCCUGUGUAAGCAAAUUGUAGUAGUCCUGGUCUCCAGGUGUGUCCCAAACCAUGCGGAGACCAUGUGCAGCAUGUGUAAGCAAAUUGUAGUAGUCCUGGGUCUCCAGGUGUGUCCCAAACCAGUUAGACACACACCUGCCCCCUGACUUCCAGGUAUGUGGGGAUGGGGCCAAGGUAGAAAUGGGGCGGAUCACCAGACCCACAAAGGAUCUGAAAGCUGCUUUUCUCUCUUGUGUGGGUCCUGCUCACGUGGUCUUGAAAGAUAAAAAUUCCCAGGUUUUGGGUCCCUGCCGGGUUGGCCCCACCUGGGUCAAGUCCCCACUGGUGCCCCCACCCUGUGGGACCCGUGGGCUCCAAGGCCCAGACAUCAUCACCCUUCCUCAGAAAAUGGAGCAGAGUUGCUCAGAAGCAGAGCAAGCAGGCUGGGCUGUGCAUCUUGAGCUGACACCCUCUCU